UGUGACUUUAUACCAGUUCUCUAUAAAAGAAAUAAACAGAGAAAACCCUGAGAAGACUGACAAUAAUCACACACAAAAUUCAUCGGUGUGCCUGUGCCGCGCCGACGUUUAGCCAGAGCACACGAAAACACAACAUAACACCGAACGAAAUUAUACACUAGCAAAAAGAUAGAAAGAUACUUUUUCGGUUUGAUUGCCAGCCAGCAGCAGCGCCAUUCAAUCGCAUGUUUAAGGUUUUAGUCUUAAAUACUUCGUCGGUUUGUUGGGACGUUCGAGUCCUGGCACUAUUCGUGGUAAUCUUAACUAUGUAAUCGCGUUUAACCACUCUGAUUAAUCCAAAUAAUAUCCUGUUUAACAAAAAAAAAAAAAAAAACAAAACAAAAAAUUAAUAAGAACCAUAACAAUACCUUAUCUAUUUGUAUUUGAAAGGAAAAAUAACAUUACUCCACCUGUUAAAAGAUGUGAAUGUAUUUGUUUAAAUUUUUUUCAUUAAGGACUAAUAUGUAUCUUUGAAAUUUAUGGUUUCAUGUAUAUUCAAGAAUACCAACAUAUCGGUAGAAAAUAAAUUUUUUGCAAAAUAAGAAAAAAACCUAACCAAAGGAUAUUCAGAGUGUUUUUUUUUUGUAUAUUCGUUGUUCCUCAAAACCACCCGCAUACAAAACAAAAAAAAAAAAAAAAGUAUCUUCAUAACCUCAAGCCACAACAUCCAUCUAUUGUUCAUCUUGGUUGGGCUUUGAUUAUGUUUUGUAUUUGUUGUUUUCUUUUUUAAGUGUACCUACAUAAUACCAGAGUUGUGUAGAGUGUGUUUAUAUGUGUGUGUGUGUAUGUGUUGAUGUGCAAAAUGAUUAAUUAACAGAGAAAUCGAUUUUGGGAAAUAAAAAGAUACGUUCAUCCUAAAAUCCUAUACUCUAUACAGUAAAUCUUCUACCUAGGUACUAGCUAUACUACCUAUAGAUAUUUUGUGUGCAAAUAAUAAUUUCCUUUUUUCGCUCCUCCCGUGGGGAUACAUUUUUUUACACAAAUUUUUUGCCCACACCUAUACAACACCAUCAAUCUAUCAAUCAAAAUGGAACGAAAAUACCUAUUUAAUUAAAAUACCAACACAACAAAAAAUAAAGGAAAAAAAAAACGGAUUUUCGUGAAAAGCGAUUUCUAUACAACAAAUUGCGAAUAAAAUAAAUAAUUCAAUUUAGUGCACAGAGUUAUUUUUUUUGUAUUUACAUAUUUUUUUGCAAAGUGAAAAAAAAAAUUAAGUGUGAAAGUGUCCCCCAAAAGUGCAUGAUUGUUUUUUUUUUUUAUAUCGAAACAAAAGUAUCGACACCUAAAAGCGAAGGCUGUAUUUUUUUUUAUAUUGUGUAUUUUGGUUGAUUUGUCGUUGUUGUUGUGUGUGCAAAUCCAAAUAAAUGCAAAAGGAUUAUUGCGAAGGAUAUCAGUGGAUUGCAAAUGUUUCUCGCUACCAAAAAGUGGGCAGGAUGAAUUGAAGUUUUUUUCCUAUUUAUUUUUAUUAUAUAUCUACUAUGUAUGAACGAGAAACGAUGGUCUUGUUAGACAAACAACAACAGCUGCAUUCAGGAUUAGGAUCAAUGGAAUAGAAUAAUUGAACACGAAAUCAACCACCAAGCGAAAAUAAAGAAAACAAAAAAGAAUUUAAUUUCUGCUUCGAAUUUAAAAAAAAAAAAGAAAGAAAAAAAAAAUUAUAAAUGAAAAACGAAAAAAAUAUGAUCCCAGCCAAAUAAUAAUAAGAAAGAAAGAACAAAAAAAAACAAUUGGUUAAACCACAAAAGUGUUUAACAACGAGUCAGCAGCGCAACCCCUUCUUUUGUGUGUGCAUCACAUCACGCCGCCGCGCCACCAAGGGGUGGCAAAGUAAUGCCUCACCGUGUGCCAUAAUAUACAAUACAUAUACAUGCAACUUAUGCUCAUAUUUAUUAUAACAAAACAAUAAUUUAUUUUUUGUACAACAAUUAAGUACCAACAACUGCUGAAUUGUCGAAACAACAAUGCAGGAUCCUGCAGAAAUCGAAAUCCAUUCCUGCAACCAUGAUAAUGUUAAACAAAUUGAAAAUCUUGCCGCAAGAAAUAUUAACACGUCAUUAUCGGGAUACGCGUGUUAAAGCUGAACAUUACUUGUGAGCGAACGAAAUUUCACAUUUUUAUUCUUAAAAAGGAAAUAAUCUGAAGUUUAAAUAAAAUAUCCUUUUUUAUUUUACUGUGUUCAACAUAAAAGCCGUAUAUAUUUAUCACGUUUUUUUAUAAUUCGAAAAAAAUUUUAUAUAUUAUUUGGCUUGCUUUAAAUUAUUUUUUUUUAUAUCGUGUAUUGUGUUGUUAUUAAACGAAAGACUGCUCAGUUGAGUGUCCAGUCACGUGUGUUAUUUAUACCUACAUAAAAAUAUAAAAGUAUCUGCAUACAAAUUUCGACCUAUGAAAAAUGUUUUAUCUGCAUUUUUGUCCGUUGUCGUCGGUCGGGUUUUUAAUAAAUAAUAAUCGGGAAUAAAUAAAAAAAAAUUAAUAAUACAAAAAAAAAAAAGAAGAAGAGAAAUAACAAAUUAAAUAAAUUUUCAUGUUCCUGCGAAUUAAACAUUUAACACGCUUGGUUCAAACAAACACGAAAAAUCCGUAAGCUAACAUACAAGUUACGAAUUAACAUAGUAUCUUUAUACUCUAUACAAAACGACAAAAAAAUCCCCCAGCACAUGCAUAUAUGUUUGUGUAAUUUUUUUUUUUAAAUAAAAAAAAAAUAUAUUAAGUAUAUUUAUAUAUACCUAUAUUUAAAAUAGAUAUAUUUAAAUACAACAGCACAAACAAAAAAAUAUAUAAACAUGACUAUGAAAUCAAUGAAAUACACAGAUUGUGAUACAAUUAUGGAUGGAUAUAAUCCGGUGCCACCACCCCUGCCUAGGAGGGUGCCACCCGUUCGGAAUAUUUACGCAGAACCCUUUGCACAUGAACCCAGCCAUUCAAGCAGAUUGGGUACCAUGCAAAGUGUAAGCCACCAACAACAGAUGGCGCAAAAUAUGUCAACGGGUAAUAAUUCCAUAGCUGGGAGUAGUGGUGGUGUAGAUCGUGGGGGUGGCGGCGGUGGAGUUGGAGGAGUCGGUGGAGGGUCGCAUUGCCAAAUGACCGGAGCUUCACCUCUUGUUAUGCCCGGAUUCCCAUUGAGGACAUCACAUUCAGCGCAUACGCCGCACUACUCGCCGUAUUCUCCAUCAAGGUUUCAUAUAGAUAAACGGUGCCAGCACAGAUGUUCCUGGAAAUGUUUGAGUAUCGCCUUAAUAUUAUUAGCAGUCGUCCUUACAGCCAUGUUGGCCUAUUUUGCAGCUGUCAGCUCAAUGAAACCAAACAUGGAUUCAGCAAAUUGCAUCCUAGUCCAAGAUGUUAAAUCCCAGCCCCAUGAUCAUCCUAACCAAGGUUCAACCGCUCUGCCAACCGAAGAAUCGAUAUCGACGAGUACAUCUGACCACAGUACGACUGGUUACCAACCUGGUGGCGGCGGUGGCGGUGCCAUUGGUGGUAUUGGUAGUGGAAUUGGUACCAAUUCCAAUGGUAUUCAAAAUUCAUUGUCCUCCUCUCAUCAAUUGCAAUUGCAAUUGCAACAACAGCAAGCGGCCCAACCCCAACAGACAAGCUCUAGCAUUAUUCAACAGCAGCAACAACAACAACUACAACAGCAAACGCAGCAUCUUCAGGACCAAUCGUACAGCAGUGCCCAACAGCAGCAACUCAAGUGGCCGCAAGUUGUCGAAUUGAAAGACUUUAACGAGAUGUACCAUGCAAAUAUACCGCCAUAUCAAUUCUGGAACCUUGAGUUUCGUAACAAGCAUCCGGCCUUCAUUCGUUUCAACUUCACCCUGCCAUGGGGCGCAAAUUUUGCUGUAUAUAGUCGACGAAAUGUGGCGCCAAGCGUGACGCAGUAUGACUUUGUUGAAUUUGUGAGAGGAGGUCGUUUGGAUAGUCGACUACGACACAGACGUAGUGUACAUCAAAUUCAUCGUCCAGCUGCGGCAGCAGCAAAUGGGUCCACCUAUGAAGUGCCUCUUGGAUACUCUGAUAUAUUGGCUGAAACAAGAGAGCAUAGCAAUGUCGAUGACGACAACGACGACGUAGACGUUGACGACGGCAACAACGACGAUGAUGAAGAAUUGCUCCAGAACAUCGGACGGGACAAUCGACAUCGUACAAAGGUAGUAGCUUCAGCAGAGCAAAGCCAACAACGUGAUGUGGACUUUGAGAAUGUGGACAAUGUUGACGAGGAUAUCUCAACACCGUUGGAUGGUGCCAAGCAACUGGCCGAGAAGCAACGGCAGAGGCAUGUGAUUGGCAAACGUUCUUCGGGCGAUGGCCUACCAAAUUUGGAUAUGGACACGAUGAUGGUGAAUGUGUCGUUGCUGCAGUAUCUGGACACUGGUCUGUGGUUUAUAUCGGUGUACAAUGAUGAAUUACUGGCGCACUCAGUGACACUGAUUGUUGAGGAGGCGGAAGGCGUGAGUACCACUUGCCCCAACGAUUGUUCCGGCCGUGGAAGUUGCUACUUGGGCAAAUGUGAUUGCAUUGAUGGCUACCAAGGAGCAGAUUGUUCAAAGAGUGUCUGCCCGGUACUAUGUUCAGCACAUGGGCAUUACGGUGGUGGAGUAUGCCAUUGUGAAGAGGGCUGGAAAGGUGCUGAAUGUGAUAUUCCCUUGGGUGAAUGCGAAGUGCCCAAUUGCUCGAGUCAUGGACGUUGCAUAGAAGGUGAAUGUCAUUGUGAACGUGGCUGGAAAGGACCGUUUUGUGAUCAACAUGAUUGUCUUGACCCAGCAUGCUCUGGACAUGGCACAUGUGUAACCGGACAGUGCUAUUGUAAAGCCGGAUGGCAGGGUGAGGAUUGCGGUACAAUUGAUCAGCAGGUUUAUCAAUGUUUGCCCGGAUGCUCAGAGCAUGGUACCUAUGAUUUGGAAACAGGAAAAUGUGUAUGCGAAAGGCAUUGGACAGGACCUGAUUGUUCACAAGCUGUCUGUAGUUUGGAUUGUGGACCAAAUGGCGUUUGUGAAUCGGGUAAAUGUCGUUGUAAUACUGGCUGGACGGGCAAUCUAUGCGAUCAGCUACCAUGCGAUGCCAGAUGUUCCGAACAUGGUCAAUGUAAAAACGGAACUUGUGUAUGCUCACAAGGAUGGAAUGGAAGACAUUGCACUUUACCUGGCUGUGAAAAUGGUUGUUCGAGACAUGGUCAGUGCACUUUGGAGGAUGGUGAAUAUCGAUGUGAUUGCAUUGAAGGAUGGGCUGGCUCAGACUGUUCAAUUGCACUGGAAAUGAACUGCAAGGACAAUAUUGAUAAUGAUAACGAUGGCAUGACUGAUUGUUCCGACAGUGAAUGCUGUUCCCAUCCAGCAUGUUCCGAACACAUAAUGUGUCUAUCAUCAAAUGAUCCAGUUGAAGUACUUCUCCGCAAACAGCCACCAUCAGUAACAGCUUCAUUCUAUCAACGAGUUAAAUUUCUAAUUGAAGAAAACUCAGUUCAAUCAUAUGCCCACAUGGAUGAAUACAGCGAAAAUCUAUUCUGGAGUUCCUUUACACCGUGUCGUGUCUCGGUAAUGCGUGGUCAAGUUAUUACACCACAGGGUCUUGGAAUUGUUGGCAUUCGUGUAUCAGUGGAUCGUGACUCACGUUUUGGAUUUACACUCACAAGACAGGGUGGAUGGUUUGAUGUCCUGGUAAAUGGAGGCGGUGCUGUGACAUUACAAUUCCAGAGAUCACCUUUUCGUCCACUUACACGUACUGUUUUUGUACCAUGGAAUAGAAUUGUUGUACUACCACCAGUUCAAAUGCAACUAAGCGAUGAAGAUGAACAUGCAAGGACAGCUAUUAAAAUUGCAUCACAGAAUCCCGCUUUGACGUUCCUCAAUUCGAUUCUGUAUCAUUUUUCGGAUGAACCUUUGGACUCGAGUAAAAUUUGCAUCGUUCAUGACCACGAGCAGCUGAAGCCUCAAUUGAUAUCAACAUGGAUGCCCAAUGGGGUUGGAGCUAUGCCAGGAAAGAGAGUUGUUUUUGCCGAAACACAGAUUGUUCAAGAAUCCAUCCAGAUACCGGGCUCUGGUCUACAUCUUACAUAUCAAUCAUCGCAGGCCUCCGGAUAUUUGAGCAUCGUUCGGAUGCGUUUGACUUCAGAGCAUAUACCAAGCACACUGACUCAUGUUCAUGUUGGAGUAGAGAUUGAAGGUGCCCUCCAUGUGAAGACAUACGAAGCCGAUCCCAAUCUAAUACACACAUUUGCGUGGAACAAACGCAACGUGUACCGACAGAAGGUGUAUGGAGUGACGAUUGCUCGUAUAUCGGUUGGAUACCAGCAUUCGACGUGCAAAUCCCCAGUAUGGACAACACAAACGGCCAAAUUGCAGGGAUACGAUGUAGAUAUUUCGGACAUUGGAGGUUGGGGACUUGACAUUCACCAUCACUACAAUUUCCAUGAGGGAAUAUUGCAAAAGGGCGAUGGCAGCACCCUACACAUGAAGGAAUAUCCACGAACGGUGAAAGUUGUCAUGGGAACGGGUCUACAACGCCCACUUAAUUGUCCGGACCAUUGCAAUGGCAUUGCUAAAGAUGCACGGCUCCUUACCCCGAUUGCGUUGGCUUCCGGUCCCGAUGGUAGCUUGUAUGUUGGCGACUUUAACCUCGUGCGACGCAUAACACCAGAUGGCGAAGUGUUCACCAUUCUUCAACUAAGCGCCACCCAAGUCUCAUACCAAUAUUAUUUGGCCGUUUCGCCAGCCGAUGGCCAUUUGUAUAUAUCCGAUCCAGAAAAACAUCAAAUCCUGCGCCUCCUUCGACUGGAAAAGGUCAUAGAUCCCAGCAUCAAUAGUGAGCCGGUUGUUGGUAGCGGUCAGCGAUGCAUACCAGGCGACGAAGGUAAUUGCGGCGACGGCGGACCAGCAUUGCAGGCAAGAUUGUCGCAUCCAAAAGGCCUGGCCAUUGCAGCGGACCGCACAAUGUACAUUGCUGAUGGUACAAACAUCCGAGCCGUUGAUCCGAAAGGUAUCAUUCAUACGCUAAUUGGCCACCAUGGGCAUCACAACCAUUGGAGUCCGGCACCAUGUUCAGGCACCCUCAUGGCUAACCAGGCACAAUUGCAAUGGCCCACCGGAUUGGCGUUAAGUCCUUUAGAUGGCUCCUUGCAUUUCAUCGAUGAUCGACUGGUGCUGCGUCUGACAUCGGACAUGAAGAUUCGCGUUGUGGCCGGUACACCGCUGCAUUGCAAUAACAAUCAGGACAAAAACAAGACGAAUGAAAGUGUUCUAGGUACGGUCCUAGCAAUGGCUUUCUCGCCAUUCGGAGAGCUCUAUAUUGCGGACAGCGAUUCGCGGCGUGUUAAUUCGAUCCGAGUUGUCGACACAACCGGAAAUAUGAGAUAUUUUGCUGGCAAACAGGAGAACCUGGGGUCGCUGGCAUGUGAUUGUACUACGAACAGUAACAAUAACGGUAGCUCGUCUACACAAUACUCGACUACAGUUAAUCCGACUAGAAACGGAAAUACGAUAGGAAAUCCUGGCGGUACAACUCCAUCGUUGACUUUGUCGUCAUCGUCGUCGUCUAGCAAUGGUAAUGCUGGUGGUAGUGGAGGUUCUGGUUUUCCAGCAGCUGGAGCAGGAGUUAUGGGAAUUGGAGCUGGAUCUGGUUGCUUAUGCAAUAAUGGUAACAUCAUGACAACUGGUCCCACGACAACUACAACCGUGUUACUAGGUGCGAAGGUAGCUGGUAAUGCCGGUACUGUUGGAGGACUAGCUGGUAUUGGUGGCGGAACAAUUAAUGAAGACGGAACCCUCAGCAAUGCAGAGACUUUGUUAUCCUCGAAUGCUAGAUUCCAAGCUAUUUCCGCAAUUGCCGUUGCACAGGAUGGUGUCAUCAAUGUUGCCGAUCAAGGUUCAUUGCAUGUCCUAGCACUAGAACACUAUCUACCCAGCCACGAUGAGAAUGGUGAAUUCCACAUACCAUAUCCGCCAUCGAGUGAAAUUUAUAUUUUCAAUCGUUACGGACAACAUGUAGCCACAAAUGAUUUGACAUCGGGCAAGACACGUUAUUCCUUUUUGUAUUCGAAGAAUACCAGUUUUGGGCGUUUGUCAACGGUCACUGAUAGUUCGGGGAAUAAAAUUCAAUUCCUGCGGGAUUACAGCAAUGUGGUGAGCUCAAUUGAAAAUACCCAAGACCACAAGUCGGAAAUUCAAAUAAAUGGAAUUGGUAUUAUGACCAAGCUCACCGAAAAGGGCAAGUUCGAGAUUGAAUUGGAUUACGAUAGUAAUACUGGAUUGCUGAAUAGCCGAUCGAGUGGUGGCGAAACAUACAUCUAUCAAUAUGAUGAGUUUGGUCGGGUGACUGGAAUGAUAUUGCCUAGUGGUGAGAUUGUGCGUAUAACAUCACAGUUGGCUGAUAAUAAGGGUCUAUCGGUUUAUAUUCAUGCAUCGGUUGAGUCAUUGUUCUCGAGGGAGAAGGGUGAAACUAAUGAAUUAUUGGUGUUGGGUGGAGUUCGUUCGACUUUCAUGAAGAAAGGUCGCGAAAAUGCUGAUGCAGAAAUCAAGCCAAAUAAUACAUUAAUUAUUCAUGGGGCUAAUGGAGUUAUUGUUGAGUCAUCUGCUGUUGCUAGACAUCCUCUCUUGGAAGCGGCUUUACCAGUUGAAGCUGAGAUGUUGGCUAUGUGGUCCCAUCAGAGUAUCACAAUGGGUGAGGGUCUUACCAAUAACAUGUAUUCGGUCUUCAAUUUGGUCGGAGAUGUUAGGAAUCCUCAGCAGACACUGAACCGUGAAAUAUGGGUCAAUGAAAGUAGGGUAAUCGGCGUUGAAUACGAUCAGUUCACAAACCGUGAAACAUUCUACGAUCGGAAUCGAACUCCAAUCCUCAUUAUUGCGUAUGAUCAAUCUGGACUACCAAAAUCCUACUAUCCAACCAAUGGCUAUCCAGUAAAUAUCACUUAUGACCGUUUCAAUCGUAUCGAAGGAUGGUCUUGGGGACCUGCCGAACUCAAAUACACCUACGAUAGACAUGGUUUACUGUCAGAAAUUACAAGUCAACAAGACGGAAUUAUUUCUUACAUUUAUAAUGACUGGAAUUUGGUAUCAGAAAUAGGACUUGCAAGUCAGCGGAAGUUCGUAUUGAACUAUGACGAAGCAGGAGGUCUUCGGCAUGUUUUACUUCCAAGCGGAACCAAGCACUCAUUUAGUAUGCAAACAUCAAUUGGUUUCAUUCGAUGGACUUAUACACCACCUGGCGGUACAAAGCCUUAUCUGCAGCACUACAGUCACUCAGGAGCCCUACUUCAGACGAUCUUUGCUGGCGAUGGAGCCAGAAUUAUCUACCGAUAUAACUCAGCUGGUCAACUGACAGAAAUCGUCCACGGUGACGGAAAGAGUGAGUUCAGCUACAACGAAAUAACCGGAAUGCCCAGUACCGUUUCUCAUUCCGAACGAGAAUUGGAAUACCGAUGGGACUUUGAGUUCACAGGAGGCUUACUUACCGAAGAACGGAUUGACUUUGUUGCCAAGACGGGUCUUAGUAAUGCCAAAUUCACCUACGACUAUGACACUGAUUUUAGAGUUAUAUCAAUCCAAGGUCGUAUUGGUGGUCAGAAUCUUCCAACACAAGCAUUUUCUUAUGACCGUCGAACUGGACAACCCAAUCAAAUUGGCCAAUUUAAACUUAUGCAUCCAAAACUCAAUCAAACUCAGGUUUAUGAUGGCACUGCCAGUUUUACUAGAACAGUCAAUGGAAGGUUCCUGGAAUCACAAGUCUCGUUAUCAAUCCACAGAAUGGAAGUCUUCAGAAUGGAGUUUUCAUAUGGGGUCCAUGGAAGAAUUUCCCAGACACGAACAUACACUCGCAAUGUAGCGGUGAAUACCUACACAAAUGUCAAGAACUACACAUGGGACUGUGAUGGUCAACUUAUCGGUGUAGAAGCUCAGGAACCUUGGGGAUUCCGUUAUGAUGAUAAUGGUAACUUGCUUUCGUUGACUUAUCGAGGAAACACAAUACCAAUGGAAUAUAAUAACCUCGAUCGUAUUGUCAAGUUUGGUGAAGGACAGUACAAAUAUGACUCAAGAGGACUAGUAGCCCAGAAUGCCAGAGAAGAACGAUUCCACUACAACACCCAAGGUCUUUUAGUUCGUGCUACAAAACGUGGUCGUUUCGAUGUGAAGUAUUACUAUGAUCAUCUUAAACGAUUGACAACAAGAAAGGACAACUUUGGCAAUGUUACCCAAUUCUUCUACACCAAUCAACAUCGCCCUUAUGAAGUCAGUCAGAUCUACUCGCCCCGAGAUGGAAAACUUAUGUCACUCACUUAUGACGACAGAGGUCAUUUAAUAUACACCCAGGUCUAUCGCCACAAAUACUACGUGGCUACCGAUCAAAGUGGUACUCCAAUAAUGAUCUUCAACCAGUACGGCGAAGGUAUUCGGGAAAUCAUGAGAUCUCCAUUCGGUCAUAUAGUCUACGACUCCAAUCCCUAUCUCUAUCUACCGAUUGAUUUUUGCGGUGGAAUUUUAGACCAAGUUACAACCCUAGUCCAUAUGGGUGAUGGAAGAGUCUAUGAUCCCUUGAUCGGUCAAUGGAUGUCUCCGAAUUGGGAAAAUGUUGCUGAAAAAAUCAUUACACCGACUAAAAUGCAUUUAUACCGAUUUAACGGUAACGAUCCUAUCAACAUCGAUCACGAUCGUAAUUAUCCAGCUGAUUUUUCAGCCUGGAUGAAGACAUUAGGUUUCAAUAUUCCCAACAUUGUGCCUCAGCUUACACGGACACUCUGGGAACAACCAUCAUUAUGGGGUAGAACACUGAAUAACCCCAUUGCACUUGAUCUCAAGCGACCAGUUGAUAAUAUACCAACUAUGGCUGUUGAAUCUGGAUUCCUAGCUCAUCUUGGUAUUCGUCGAAUGUCAAGCUUUGAAGAUCUCUCAGCUCCGCCCAAGUCAGCACUUAAAUUUGACGUUAUGAAUCCGAAACCUCGUAAUAUCGGUUCGGAUUCUGAUCCACCAUUCGGAAGAGGUAUUGUUGUAUCAAGAACUACCGAUGGGCAAGCUAUUGUUUCGAGUGUGCCAGCUGCUAAUGCCAUUUACCGUGAUGUUUACACGUCUGUAUUUAACCGAUCCAAACUCCUGCCAUUCACAUUCGUAGUGCAUAAUGCCCAACAAGACUCGUUCUUCUUUGUGAAAGAAGAAUCAUGGCGAGCCAGUGAAGAUCGACAACAACUCAAACGACUUCAGGGUCAAGUCAAUACGACCUUCCAUGAAAUUACUCGAGAAAAUGGAAGUGGCAACAAUUAUUUGGAUGUAAAGAUUCAUGGUGUCCAUGCCAUUAUUAAUCUUCGUUACGGCACCACUGUGGAUAAGGAGAAACAACGUCUAAUGCAUCAUGCGAAACUUACAGCGGUACGCAAAGCCUGGCAUCGUGAGAAAGAAGCCCUUCGGAAUGGUCUGACAACAGUGGUCGAUUGGUCACAACAGGAAGUCGAUGAGAUCCUAAAACUAGGCUAUGCCAAUUCCUUUGAAGGUGAAUACAUUCAUGAUAUCAAUGAGUAUCCAGAAUUAGCCGAGGAUCCUUAUAAUAUUCGUUUUACAAAGAAGAAAGCCACUGCCACAAGAAAACGAAGACGUCGAAGCUUGAAUCAAACCGAGCCAGAUGGUGUAAGUAAAUCAAAUAUAAUUAGGUUUAGUAGUAAUAGUCUUGAAUUAAAUGAGCCCUUAUCAACAUCGUCGUCAAAUACAACAACAACAAGAAAAACAAAAACAUCAUCAUCAGUCACAUUAAAUAUUAAUGAAAAUACAAUUAAAUGUUUAGGUGAUAAAAAUGCUUGUUAGCUUUUGUUAUAAUUAUUUUAUUAAUUUUAAGUUUAAAUUUUCAUAGUUUUUUUUUUUGUUAAAAACAAAAUUUUUUUUAAUUUUCAUUAAAUUAAUAUUUAUAAAAAUUGCAUUUAAAAAAACAAAACAAAAUAAAAUGGAACAAUUGAUUAUGUCUAAAAUUAAAAAAAGGAAAAGAUAACAUACUUUUAGGCGAACAAAAAAAAAAAACAUAACAACUAGAUGCAAACAAGCAAAAUAACUAACAAAAAAAAUUAACAUUUAUAAAAUAAAGUUAAAAAAAAAAAACAAAAAAUGGUAACUUUCUAAGUUUUGACUCGAGCUUUUUGAGACUGGCAGUAGAAUUUAAAUAGAAAAUAAAUAAAUAAAACAAAACAAAAAAAAAAAAAAACAUACAAAACAAAAAGAUAACUAUGAUA